GAGGAAGAUGGUGGACUUGGCGACAGCAGCGUGCUCAGAACUCCGUCCCAAACACUUUGGAAAAUACUUAAUAUCUCAACCUGGUAUUAGAUAUAGAUUACCGGGGGACAAUCACAGAUAAUACAUUGUGAAAACCGUUGAGGGAAGUGAGUUUUUCGCCGCCGGACAGCUCUUAUUCCGAGGGAGAAGACAAGCGGGGAGUUGCGGAGCGUGGUGGCGGAGGUGGUGGUGGGUUGCUGGUGCUCGUACAGGAAGCUAGCCAACGUUAGCCAAAGUGUCAACAAAAAGUGUGGAAGGAGGUGGGAGCUUCUUUUCCCGGCUGUCGAGAUAAACCUCGGAGAGCAUCCAGCUCUUGCUGCCUUCACACCAACUGUCAAAUCAUCGAGGAGCGGGGCUGACAGUUGGACCGUUAGCUAACUCCUCGAGCUAACGCUCAGCUAGCUUUGUUGUGACCUGAGGAUCAAAGCGCCGCUCACAAUGCCACGGAGUAAAAAGGGGAAACGUGGCUCCAGCAAGCCGGGCUCACUUCGUCAGGAGGUUCUUCAACUGCAGCUGUCGUCUAAAGCCUCGCUGAAAGGUAUGAAAAAUGGGGUGAAGGGAGAGUCGGGUGCCAGCGAUGAUGAGUUGAUGUCUGAUGUCCUCAGCCACUACAGCAGCACCAGCGAAACCGCCUCCGUGCUGGAAGAUGGCACAGGAGGGGAGCAGGUGGAUGAGCUGACUGCCCAGGAGGAAACGGAAGACAAACUCAAGCAGUGUAUAGACAACCUGAUGGAUAAGAGUGCUAAGACGCGUCUUGCAGGUCUCGAGUCGUUGCGACAGGCCUUCUCCUCCAAAAUGCUCUAUGACUUCCUGACGGAGAGACGCCUCACCGUCAGCGACUGCCUGGAAAGGAGUCUUAAGAAAGGCGGCGCAGAGGAGCAGGCAGCAGCAGCCACAGUCUUCGCCCUGCUCUGUAUCCAGCUGGGGGGCGGAGACGAAUCGGAGGAGGGCUUCAAGAUGCUUCGCCCCAUCCUCACCGCCAUUCUGAUCGACAGCAGUGCCAGCAUAGCAGCCCGCCAGAGUUGUGCCAGAGCUUUGGGCAUGUGCUGUUACGUCUCUGCUGCUCAGGAUGGAGAGGACUUGAUCAAGUCUUUGGCCCUUCUGGAGAACGUAUUCAUGUCUUCCUACCCCAACAGAGAGGGAACGCUGCCAACGCCCAAACCAGGCAGUCCAGGUCUUCACAGCGCCGCCCUGCAGGCCUGGUCGCUGCUGGUCACUCUCUGUCCUGCAUCCAGACUGACUGUGCUGCUCGACCUUCACCUCCCCAAACUGCAGGCGUGUCUGGAGAGCAGCGACGUCAACUACAGGAUCACAGUGGGAGAGACCAUCGCCCUGCUGGUGGAGCUGGGGCGAGAUAUAGAUGAGGAAUUCGAGGUCGAGGACAGUGAAGGUCUGUGUCGAUGUCUGAAGGGUUUAGCCACAGACGGCAACAAGCACCGGGCCAAGAACGACAGGCGGAAACAGCGUUCCAUUUUCAGAGAGGUGCUACAUUACAUAGAGAACGACGACUUCACAGAGGAGAGGAUCAGGUUUGGAGUGGAGAGCGUUUACAUCGACAGCUGGAUGAGGAGAAGAAUCUACGAUGCCUUCAAAGAGAUCAUGGAGUCCGGAGUCAGACACCAUCUACAGUUCAACCCACUUCUUAGAGACAUCUUUGGCCUUGGCCCUCCCCUCAUCCUGGACGCUGCUGUAAAAGUAAACAAGAUUUCUCGGUUUGAGAAGCAUCUUUUCAACUCAGCUGCCUUCAAGGCCAGGACUAAACAGAGGAGCAAGGUCAGGGACAAACGUGCUGACGUCAUGUGAGAGAAGGACAGGCUGCGUUGUGAUGGAUACAAAAUGAUGCCUUCUGAUGUCAGACACAUAAAGGCGCGACACCUCUACACAGGGCUUUUGCACUUGUGCUCUUCAUCUACAAAUUAAUCCUCCGAGAUUGAAGAUGGCCAACCUUUAUCGUUUGCUCCCACGGGCAAAGGAAAUUACUACUCCUACUCGUAGGCAUGUUAAUGUGGGAUUAAAACAAAUGUGAUCUUCAGAUAUCAAAAAGGUCUUUUAUUCAUAUUAUCAUAAAAUACAGAGAAAGUAAAGCAUCAAGUUUCACUGUAGGAGUUAAUUUUAAAGCUUUAUGGUACACUGAAGAUGUGUGCAAGCCUUUCACGUUACACUCACUGAAACCCUCUGUGGUGCUGAUGGGUAUUGUUUAUACUCACCUUGAAUUGCUGCUCCGUGACUUGGCAGUCAAGUCUUUUUAAUCCUAAUUUCCAACUUCAGUAAAGCCACUUUUCCAGGAAAUAACCAGUCCUGGUUAGUUUCUGAAGCUUAAUCAUGGAGCAUCCACUUCUGCAAAAAAAAAAAAAGAGAGAAGAGCCACGGAAAUACUCGUUUUUCCCCUCUGACGUCCUCCGUUUCAACAACCAGAGUUGCUUCUUCAGCUGCCAAAGCAGAAACUGACUUAACAAACAAUGCAACCUAAAGGCAAAUGUGUGUGGUGUUUUGCGUGAGAGUGUGUUUUAUUUGAAUUUUAUUUAACAUCAUGAAAUAAAACACUUUAUCCAUAUAAACAAGAAGAUGCCUAAUUAAAACAAGAUUUCAGAGAGUUAUUAUUGUCAUCUUUGUAUUAAUAUUUUUUGAGAGGAAAAAUACUUUUUAACCAUUUCUGGUGGAUAAUUGAAUUUUACUUUCUAAUUUAUUAAAGUAGUACUGUGUGAUUUUCUUCUUUUUUUUUUUUUUUAAAAAAAAAAAAAGAAAAUUAAAAAUGCUAAGAACUGUUUACAGACACAAUUGUGGGAUGAAAAAGAAGAAUUUCUAUUUUUUAUUCUUUCAUGUAUAUUUUUAAUGCGGGUUGGUGGGUCAUACAAUCUAUCCAUGUGUACAGUAUGUAUUGCAGAUAGACUAUAUAGGGAUUUAUGGUAAAAUGUGUACUUGAAUAAUUAGAUGCUCUCGAAUGAUUUUCCCUCUGAUGAGCAGUAAAUACACACAGGCCACUGACCAGAGCUGCUGAUCAGGAGAGUUUGAUGGAGUUGUUUGUAAUGGUGAUCAGGUCAGAGCGUGCUGUUACCAAAGUAUCAACAUUUUAUUUGAGAGUUUUUGAUUAUAUUGAUGCCUAACAGCUGCUUGUAAGUUUCAGUAGUUUGAUGAAAACCCUCCCGCUGGCUCUCAUAUUACAGCGUCACCAAACUCUUCAUCAGUGGUUCUGAUGUUGCAGCCCAUGGACAGAAGAUGGAUCAAAUGAAAUAAAGAUUAUUUGAGCAUG